AUGCAUGGCCUAUGCUUUGAGUCAUUUUCGGCCGUCUCGGCGGAAAGGUGCCCGUCCAUGAAUGUCACCAUCGCAUCUUGGCGAUACGUGAGCUUGACGUCCUUCGAUAUUCAUCAACUCGCUCUUGUGAGUAACUGGAUUCAAGAGUUUGUUCUCACGGCCAGUAGGACUCUAUGGUUUCUCUAUUCGAAUGGGAAAGAGCAUCCCAUAGUCCUCCUGCCUCUGCAAUAUGCAGACAUUCAACAAAGACAGGUAGGUUCUGCCUUCUCGAUGCUCGAUCAAAUCACCCAAAUGCAUCUCAUACCAAAGCAUUGGUAUCGCCGCAUACGUCUUCCUAGCUUUCUUGUACCCAUCAACAACUCGCAACGAACAUCCCCGAAGGAAGCUCCAAUGCUGUCCCGCGCCAACAGUGAUGCUGCCCUGCGCCUACGCCGGGCCAAGUCAUCAUCUUCGAGCAGCCACAGGCCCUUCGAGCCAUCAAUAUCCACCGAUCCAAAGUAUGCAGAGGUUGCCGCUGUAGAAGCCUACACGCGUGCGUGCCGCCAUUCGCAAGGAGAUCGACCUCAAAGACGUCGCUCUCGUCGCUCUGAAGGUAGUCAUUUUGAUGAAAAUCGACGCAAGUCCACUCAGAAGUCUGACCGCCCCGAACGCCCUGCACUGCUGCCAGGACCUGCGACCGCUCCCGCAACCAUACCUGCGCGCGCUCCAACUCGACAAUCCCUCUUGCCAGAUACUCCCUACCGCUUUGCUCUUGAAGCCUCCAAUGACCCUACAGUUACCAUGACAGAUGUGUCAGAGUCACGACUCAGCACUGCCUCUAGACGACAAACUCGCGACCUGCAGACCGACGACGAGAUCAAGACGGCUGCCUGGGAUGCCUACCUUCAGGGUUUCCACAAAAAGGAGAUUCGCGAGAGAAAGUCCUUCGCUGCUCCAUUGAGGAAACGCUUCUCCAAGUCACCGGCUCCUGCCCCGUUUAUCCAGUAUGACUCGUCGGUGCCGCCCUACAACUUUGUCGAAGAAUCCGAAGCCAUCUUCUCUACUGCUCCGCCCGUGGAGAUCAAGUCUGACAAAACUCCUGGCAAGCUCAAGAAACAACGGACCGUCUCGGAGUCCCUGAAGGGCAGAUUCAGAAGGCUGUUAUCAAGACCGAAGCGAGUGCAGUCACAGUUUCCUGCUCAACACGUAGAAGCAAGAAAUCUCCAUUUCGAUGUCUAUAAGACAAACGACGACAGUUUCUCGACGACUGGUCCGGAUAAUGGAAUAUCCCUACCUAGAUCACCUUUCUCAUCUCUUGGUUGCUCUUCGGGUACACAAUCACGAAUGACAAGUUGGUCCAACUCGACAGUCUCACGCCAUGGCAAACGCCUACCCUCGAUCGAGGAGACUUCGGCUUCUCAAGCGCUUAGUCCUACCGCAGAGGAAGCACCUACUGGCUCGUUUCUCGGUCGAGCAUUACGUUUCCCACUUCGUCGUCCCAGCCAGACCAGCCUUCGAGCCAAGUCGGAAGAUAGCAAGCGCUUGUAUGAUGCACUACAGAACCGCAUCAACAACCCCGAGGUGCCGUCUGUAGUAGUCGAGGAGGUCCCCUCACAGCCAUCUGCUGUCGUCUUCAACAACUCCCCACCAGUAUCACCGGCCGAGACUAUCCGAAUGGUCACCCCAGAACCUACCAUCCCCGAGUCUCCUACGCGUCCAGCCCCGGACCCACCACAUCAAGUGACUCGAAAGUCGUCCUGGUGGAGCAUGGCACCAAGCAUACGUUCCAAAAAACGCCGUCAGGCAGAAGCAGCCCCACCAUCAAAUGAGCAAAUCGCUGCUCGUGUGGAGAGAUCAGAAAACCGGUGGCAGGCCGCGUUGGAGGACGGCUCACCGGUUGUUUCACGAGCUCUCAAUUAUUGCAUGAAGGGCGAUAAUCCAUAUGAAUUGCGACCGUUGGAGGAUGUCAACUCCAGCUUACCUGUCGCUGUCCGUCACGCAUCCCACGACGCUGCUGCAACAACGUUUAGCAACGGUGCUGAUCUUCAUGAGAUUCGACAACAUGUCAUUUCGCCCAGUAUAUACUCGAGAUCCGUCUCUCCCGAUGCUGUUGGCACAUUCAUAACAAUCACUGGGCACGAGGUCAAGCGUUAUCCUCUCGACUCACCCCCGCGUCCUGUGAAUGGAUUUUCCACCUACGCACCACAACCGAGUAAUGAGUGGAGAGCCUGGUUUAGCAAAGAGAUCGAAGACUUCAGCAUGACGCCUGCACCUGUUGGAGAUACUGUUCUGGCCGGACCUGACUAUUCCCCAAACAACAGCCACCCUCACGAUUCCAAAGAAAGCCUACAGCAGCACCCGCCAGUGUUGCAACCGUCAAAGAGUCGACCUGAACUACGUUCUCGAUCCUCCAGCAUCAUGAAUGAGCGAUACCCUCUAAUCGACACUGGUAGGCCAUCGAGCAGAGCAUCAGGUCGCCGUACCAAUCCUUCUAGCACGUCUUCUGGUAACAGGUCUGCCUCAGGCUCGGGAGCAUCUGUUGCUGAAAGGGCUUCCAGUAAAGCAAGUCAGCGAGGUGAUACGGAUCAGUCUACAUUGUCUUCAUCGAUUGUCCGAGAAAGGCAAUCAACAAGCGCACUCAUACGCAAGAAGUCAAGUCUUGCAAUGCGCGCUGCACGUCACGGCCAUGGUCCUUCGACGGACGAAAUCGACUCCGCAGGCAGAGAAGAUUUCGUCAAGGCUCCAAAGUCGGCCUUAGACCUUCGCGUCAUGUAUCGCAACAACCGCAACCUAGAGGCUUCGAGUCUCAAUAUCCGUCGCAGAGUUGUAGCUCCGAAUACAUUCGACGAUACAUUGCGUCGAAUCUCAGAAGGACCCUAUGCAAGUGACAGCAAAGAGAACAUUGCACCAACCAGACCUACUGGCAUGAUUGAUGGCAUAACAAUCCCUCCGUUCUAUACACCAACAAAGGACUCGUCAAAGAGCAAAGGUUCCUCGCCUGGACAGCGGAUGGUGGACGAAUUCUUGAACUCGAGGAAAGCACAUGUAGUUGCAAACUCUCCUCCAGCCUUUAUAUGA